AGCCGGUGAUAACACACAGGAACAGCCAGCAGCAGGAUACAAGCUGUUUGUCAGGGACGAUGAAUGCUUGAUGUUUGAUGAUAGGAUGAAAUAUGACUUUGGGAGGAAUUACAAAUGUUUAGGCAGGUGGAGGACAGGAUGGUUGGCCUCAGCGGUGAGGAGUCUCCCGUCCAGUCAUGCGCUCAAGCCUCUGAUUCCCACCUCCUGCCUGUUGGCCGUGAUGAUUUAUGGCCAAGCUGAUAAACUCAGGAACUUCGUGGCGGACAUCUUUAUCCCACAGUAUCGCUACCCGUACCCUGUGGCCCUCUGCUUCUCCCAGGUUCUGGUUUCUCUCGUGUUCUUAAAUCUCCUCCAUGUCCUGGGUCUGGUCGGCUGCUGCUGCCUGCUGUCUGUAACGGUGUGCAAGCUGUGCUGGUCUUAUGGGUGA